UAUCGAUGUCUAAAUCAGUUUUUUUCCAGCUCUAGUUGUGUAGAUAUCCGCCAUCCAGCAAUUGUGGAAAAUAACAUAUAAAGAUGUUUAUGCUGUCAACCAGGGUACAUGCGAUGCGUAAUAGCCGUUUAUUCGUUGGAUUUUGCAAUGGUAAAAUUUCGCUUGCUGUUCAACCCUUUCACUUGAGUGUCAUACUGAAAAACUAUAAGGACGCGGCAACAAUUCCUCUGCCUAUUAAUGUGGAUGCUGCUGAGGCAACGCGGUCCUCCCCCCAGCGAUCGCGUGACAUCUCGUCCACAGUGAUUCCGACGAAGGCGUCAAUAUCAAACAUUGACAUCACCGUUGAUAACAGUUUUAAUGCAGUUCUAAUUAGCCCAAGUAUUUGCCAAGAGCGUCAUACACAAUCCUAUGAUUGUUUUGGAUUGAUUAGUCUUAACUCGGCGAUGCAAAGCAAUGUACCAAAGCCGUUCGGAGGAUUCAACAAGUAUUCACAUCUAAAUAUGCCCGGCGGUCAGUGGUCCCAGGAAUAUAAGUUUCUAGCACAAAACAUGCAUUACUCUCACUACAGCAGUCUUCGCAACAUGUUACGAGAAGAUUGGGCGAACCACGAUAAGUGUAUAGCCUUAAAAAGCAAUAAACGAGGUUCUUCCUUUAUGCUGCGGAACUAUAGCUCACAAACGACGCCUUCGAGGUCUUCCGAAACAUCUCAAACCUUAAAAAAGUCGGUUUCGACAGGCACAUCUGAAGAUGUGAGACUGGGUGAAAAACGUAAACUUAAACAAGCGAUUAAGGAAUAUGGAGCGGUAAUUGUUGUCUUCCAUGUAGGGAUUUCAUUAAUUUCGCUCUGUGGUUUCUAUGCACUUGUAUAUAGUGGAAUAAACUUUGUACCUGUUCUGGAAUUUCUUGAAAUCUCGUCACAAUCGAUUAAGGAAAAAGUGGCCACAGGAAGCACGUUCAUUAUAGCAUAUGCCGUACACAAAGUCUUUGCCCCCGCUAGAAUUAGUAUUACAUUAGGUUCUGUACCGUUUCUUAUACGCUAUCUAAGAUCUAAGGGAUUCCAAAUCCCAGGGACUAAACACAAUUAACUUCUGUUUCUGUCAUCUGCGAUCCCAUGUAAACUACAUUUUUAAUAUUUCGAUUAACCAAAUAAAGUUCAAUAUGUACAUUUUUA